CUUCGGUCCAAAGCGCGCACCCGUCAGCGGAGGAAAAGAGAGCACAGAAGGCGGCAGAGAGACAAAUAUAGCCCAAUUAACCGAUUAUUUUGAACCCCAGCACACAAAAUACAGCCAGGAUGUCAGAGGAAAAGCCAAAGGAGGGAGUAAAGACUGAGAACGAUCACAUCAAUCUUAAGGUUGCAGGGCAAGAUGGGUCGGUGGUCCAGUUCAAAAUCAAAAGACACACACCGCUCAGCAAACUGAUGAAGGCAUACUGUGACCGACAGGGUCUCGCAAUAAGGCAGAUCAGGUUCAGGUUUGACGGCCAGCCUAUCAAUGAGACGGAUACACCUGCACAGCUGGAGAUGGAAGAUGAAGACACCAUAGAUGUUUUCCAGCAGCAGACAGGCGGACACUGCUAAGCGCCCCACCACCACCCUAAUUGACGGCCACCCUCAGCCACCUUCACUGCCCCUCCCCUUCCCAUCGCUCCUCUCAGCCUACUAUUAUUAUCUUUAUUAUUAUUAUUAUUUCUUUAGUUGAGAUGUCUGUCAUGGUUCUUCGUCAGGUGUGUGAGGGGAGGGGGCCCCUCAGCUGUUUAUGUACUGUCACAGCCAGGACUGAACUUUUGUGCGUGUCAACAGUCUCUCUGCUGGCCAAUCAGGACAACCUUUCCUCCCGACACCGCAGGCUGCGAUUGGACCAACAGCGCGUCACAUGUGUUCCUGGUUUGUCAGUGCUUCUCAUUCACUCUCCAGUGAAAGCUUAGUAUCUGGUAUAUUGUCACAGUUUUCAUCCAUCAGGGUCGAAUGCAAGUUUUUGUCCGGGGUCACACUCGGUAGGCAUGGAAAUGUUGUGAAGUGGAAGCACCAUCUGAACUUAAUACACACCCGCCUUCCAUUUCACUUCGCUUUCAUGUGUUUGUUUUUUAUCUGAACGGUGACUCCUGCUCUUCUGUCAAGAAAGGUAUUUGAAUUCUCUGCAUUUUAGGUGCUUUCGCUUAAGAGUGCUGCAAUGUGUGUUUGUUUUUUAAUUGUCUUUUAACAAUUACCAUGCAGGAGGCUUGUUGAUUUUCUUGUACAGAAGUCUCAGAGUGGAUGUUAGAUUAAGUUUUGGGGCUUGGACCAAUACUCCAAAGAUUGAACUUCUGUUUUAUAUUUGAUGUACUUGGAUCACUGUAGAAGCAAAUUGCAAGGUCUAACCCGUCACAUUUUAAGGGAGUUUGUAUUUCAUGUUAUUUGCUUCCUUUUGACUUCAACUAAUUGAGAAAUCUUCUCUGGGUAUCCGUGGUACAGACUUUUAUUCGCUCAUCCAGACAAAAGCCUGUUUAAGUGAGGGAAAUGUUAUUUAUCCUUUGCUGGAACUGGUUGUGGUCUAUCUUUGUAACGAUGGUCUCUUAAUGUGGAAUACAUAACUUGUUUUCUUCCCCUUUUUUCUGAUUAAGCUGGUCAAUUGCCAGUCCCCAAUGGUAUUCUUACAAUUGGCUCUGCUUCUGUGUUUUAAAUGUUGGGGGUAAUAACUGGAAGGUUGUUACUCAAUGCUGUUUUUGAGUCAGCUCUCUCAUCUCUGCAUUGUCUUUGAGAAUGUAGACUCAUGAGAAAACUGAUUCUAAAUGUUUUUGAAGAAAAGCAGCUCCUAGUUUGAGAGUGGAUAUCCAAUAAAAGUCAGUUUCUGCAAACUCAUUUUGAAGACACUUUUCACUGCUUUGUCAGAAAUCAACCUAUUUCCUUUUGUUUAAACAUUUAAGGCAAUCUGUUCAAAAGCCUGACUUCAGAUCUGCAAACAGUCUUAGGUGGUGAUGAGUGUCUCCAAUAUUUUACAGUUCAGAGAAGGAUGCAUUCAGUUUGUUGCAAAGUGGGAGGGCAACCAAUGCAGUUUGGGAGAUAAUUGUUCUGUACCCACAUGGCCCGUUCUUCGUACACCGUUACCUGAGAUUGCUUGUUGUAAUAGUUGAUGCCCUGACCUGAAUUUGGGUUUCUCAGUUCAGUUGGGAAAAUGUGUUUUUGAAGCAAGUAGUCCACAAGAUUAUGAGUGAGUUGGGUCAUGACAAACAAUUUUUAAGUUUUGCAAAUGUAAUUUAUUUUCAGAUAAGACUACAUCUUUGGCGUACUCAUUGAUUGUAACAUAACAGGGUUUGAGUCAAUUAGCCAUUACAUUUGACACACUUUUGUUAUUUACUUUUAAGCAACACAGCUUUUUGCGAUUUUCAUGUGUUCAAGUCUCCGCAAGAUACGUUUCCAUAACCUUGGAUGUAGUUUUGCUCCGCCACAUUAGAAAGGAGCUUUCUUUUUUUCGGUAAUUAAAUUGUAGUCCAAAUCAAGUGUCAGCUGUAUUUUUGUAUGCAUUCUAUAUAAAUAAAAACUGUAAAUGCCAAACAUUAAACGUUUUUAAUUAACAUUUAACAUCACUGUUUGAAAAGCUUCACUGUACUGCCACAUGCUCAAAUGUUCAGUAAUACAUUUUAAGGACUACCAAACUGUCAUCCUUCCCACAUUGAUUAACAAGCAUUUGACAAGCUAGGUUGGUACAGAGUUAUUUUUUUGUCAUUCUCCCAUGAACAUACCUCUGCACAAGCACAUCAAGUAUUGAUCCUGGUUUUAGCUUUUCGUUCACAAAAAAAGCACAGUUAUCAGGACAGCCUUCCACUUGCAUUUGAAGAACUUAGGACUAAGAUAUUUUAAGCUUGGCUAACAUGAGCUAAGCUUUGUCAUGUACGAAGAACUGGGCCCGCGUCUUGUCAUGUUAUUUGUUUCUCUACUGAUUUGUACAUUAUUUGUGGUCUUUUACUACUGUAUACAAUAAAUAUAGUUUGGUACUCA